AUGUCUGAUAGUGUUGAUAUUGAAGAGAAACCACCAGCCCCCCUGAGAAUGAACAGUAGUUCCCGAGACUCUUCAUCACUGAAUCACGCCUCUAAACCACUUCCAAUGGCUCCCGACGAGAAAAACAAGAAGGUCCGCCUGCGCUCCAUCUUCCCCGGGGGAGACAAGACAAACAAGAAGAAGGAGAAGGAACGUCCUGAGAUAUCCCUACCUUCAGAUUUUGAACACACCAUUCAUGUCGGCUUUGAUGCGAUAACAGGAGAAUUCACAGGUAUCCCGGAGCAAUGGGCACGGCUCCUACAGACCUCCAACAUCACCAAGCUGGAGCAGAAGAAGAACCCGCAGGCCGUCUUGGAUGUCUUGAAGUUCUACGACUCCAAAGAGACCGUCAACAACCAGAAAUACAUGAGCUUCACCUCGGGAGACAAGUCGGCACAUGGCUACAUAGCAGCAAACACUCUGAACCGACUGCUGUCAUCUGGGCCUCCUGUCAGCCUUAGAACCUGCAGCGCGUUAUUUGACAAGGCAUCCCGACUCACUUCCAUCUCUACCCAUCAGGGUGCCAAAACAUCAUCGUCAGAGCCCCCGAUCGCUCCACCUGUGUCAGAAGAGGAGGACGAGGAAGAAGAAGAGGAGGAGGAGGAGGAGGAAGAAGAGGAGGAUGAGGACGAGCUGCCCCCGGUCAUCGCACCUCGGCCCGAGCACACCAAAUCUAUCUACACGCGCUCUGUUCUGGAGCCGAAGCCUCCCACCCCCGUGAAAGAAGUGGUGACUCCACCGGAGUCGCAGGUCCAGCCGGACAACACGUCCAGCACACUGUAUCGCCACACUGACCGCCAGAGGAAGAAGUCCAAAAUGACAGAUGAGGAAAUUCUGGAGAGACUCAGGAGUAUUGUGAGCGUGGGGGACCCCAAAAAGAAGUACACACGCUUCGAGAAAAUAGGACAAGGAGCGUCUGGCACUGUGUACACUGCCAUCGACAUAGCAACUGGCCAAGAGGUGGCCAUCAAGCAAAUGAACCUGCAGCAGCAGCCCAAGAAAGAGCUGAUCAUCAACGAGAUCCUGGUGAUGAGGGAAAAUAAAAACUCCAAUAUAGUGAACUACCUGGACAGUUAUCUGGUAGGAGAUGAGCUGUGGGUGGUGAUGGAGUAUUUGGCCGGUGGCUCGCUGACAGAUGUAGUGACUGAGACCUGCAUGGACGAGGGCCAGAUCGCUGCAGUCUGCAGAGAGUGUCUUCAAGCCCUGGACUUCCUCCACUCCAACCAGGUUAUCCACAGAGACAUAAAAAGUGACAACAUCCUCUUGGGAAUGGACGGAUCCGUCAAGCUCACCGACUUUGGCUUCUGUGCCCAGAUCACUCCAGAGCAGAACAAGCGUAGCACGAUGGUGGGAACACCCUACUGGAUGGCACCCGAGGUGGUGACUCGCAAGGCUUAUGGCCCAAAAGUAGAUAUCUGGUCUCUGGGGAUCAUGGCAAUAGAGAUGGUGGAGGGAGAACCGCCCUAUCUGAAUGAGAAUCCACUGAGGGCGCUGUACCUGAUCGCUACCAACGGCACUCCAGAGCUGCAGAACCCGGAGAGGCUGUCAUCUGUGUUCAGAGACUUCCUCAACCGCUGCCUGGAGAUGGAUGUGGACCGCAGAGGCUCUGCCAAGGAGCUGCUCCAGCAUUCGUUCCUCAAGCUGGCGAAGCCUCUAUCCAGCCUGACGCCUCUGAUUGUAGCUGCGAAGGAAGCCAUAAAGAACAGCAGUCGCUAGGCUGUGCCCUCUGUCCCCACCCGAGGCUGGAGCCCUGCCUGUGAUGUGUGCGUUCACGGGGGGGCAGGGGCUUGGGUGUUUGGCUGGUGGGUGACGUGACAGUGGCAGCACAAGGAAGGGGUGGGGUGGGGGAGGGGGGGUUGUGUGACUUAUCGUGAAACCACAAGGACAAAAGACCCCCAGGCCUCAUACGUAGGACGGACAUAUGGCCUUGCAGCCUCUCGGCCCGUGCUGCUGAAGAGACCUUGCCUCCUUGUUUACUUCUCCAGCACUCUGUACAUGUAGAGCAGUCCAUCACAAAUGUGUGUGUGUGUGUGUGUGUGUGUGUACGUGUGUGUCUGUGUGUGUGUGUGCGUGUGCGUGCGUGUGUACCAACUGUGCACAUCUCUUUGUGUCAUACGUCUUUGUUAGGCAGCGGUCGCUCCCCAAAGCAAGAAAACAUUUUCAAGUGGACACUUCAGUAGAGAACAGGAGCAACUGUCAAAACUAAAGAGCCUGCGAUUCCUUCCCUGCCCAGCUUUAGGCUUGGUUUCCUUUCCUCAAGCUCCUCCGCGGCGCACAACCAGGCCACACUUGCACCUGCAGUGGCUGAUGUGAGAGCGUGACUCUGGACCCAACCUUUGCCUGCAUGACUAUGGCUCUGUGGAGAAACAUCGCCACUCCUCUGCAGAUUGUCGCAUCUCAAGGUGGCAUAUUUAUGUGUAUGUGUGUGAUUGUGUGGAGGGGUGCAGCUACAGGGGAAUACGUCAGGAAUAAUUUCACAUGCCAGCUUUAAACAUCCUUCAUCAAUCCGCUUCACAUCGGUGAAGAGAGACGAGUCCGCCAUUUCAUUUGAGCUAACUUCUCUGUCGUAGUCACUGGAGUUCAGGUUACCCUCACUUCAUUUGCUUAUUUUCUCUCUAAAACGGGCUGCAUUUUGAGAUUACUCAAAAAAUAUCGAAACACUGCACAAUUUGACCCCACAAAGGAUUAAAUUAACCAGAACAUGGGACUCAAUUCUAGAUUACACGCGCAUAUGUAUUUCCAAAUACAUAAUGCAUAUACCUUCAUAUCCAUUUCAAGAGGAAAGUGUUGUGAUGUAGUUAAAGACACUUGAUUGCAUUGACAUGGAGAGGAUCGGUCGCACAUUUAAAUGCAACAUUUUGUAUUCAACACUCUUCUUCAGAGGGACUAUAAAACAAUGUUCGCUUCAUUACUAAUGCAAGUAAUGUGUCUGGAGCUUCAACUUAGAAUUAUGACAUGUUUACACAUGUUUGUAUAUAAACUGUAGCAUUAAUUGUGUACAAGCAUCUCAAAUAGGGUUAUCCAGACAUAUUCAGUAUGUGUGGCUUUCUAUACGUGGCUUUAGACAACAUCUAUCUAUCUUCACUGAUUCUUGUUAUUAUAUAUGACAAUUAGGUAUAAAAUACAAAGAAAUACAAAUACGGGGUCAGACACUCAACAGAAAGAUAAAUGUUUUCACUUGAAUAUCUAUAUUUAACGAUGGAUCGUCCUUUUCAAUGAGCUUGCACACAGUGGACCAACAUCUCAGCCUUUCAAAAUACUAUAUAUAUAUAUAUAUAUAUAUAUAUAUAUAUAUAUAUAUAUAUAUAUAUAUAAUCCAAAAUGGUCAGUCAAAAUAACGAGCCGCAACAAGAUGUGGCGGGAGAAAGACAUUUUCUUCAUCUUGUAAUUCAUUCAUUAUUUAAUCAGUUAUUUGUGGUGACUUAAAAUAACUUUAAAGUACGAACAGAAAUGUGAAAAGCAGAUAACAGAAGUAAUUCUACGAUCUCUUUUCUCCAGAAGCACAAGUCUUGUGGUCUUACCAUCUUAUGUUGCAGAAUGCAUUAUGCCCC